GCAGGCUAUCUUCGAGGCUGUUCUAUCCAGAAAGCAAAGCAUGAGCUGUCCGACGCCUACCUGAAUAUCAAUUCUCCCCUACUUAUCUCGCACACUUUUCUAUGAUCCUCAAUUUCUCACGCUGAACCUUUGUCAUUCCCAUUAGCAUCACAAUGGAUGCGGAGAGCAUCCUACGUGGAGUCCAGCCCCUCAUGGGCGAGGUGGUUCCCAUUCGCUCCGUACAAGAGACUCGCCCGCUUGAAGAAUACGCGGAGGCCUACGUCGCCGAAGUGAACGUCAAGACCGCCUCGAAAGUCAUCAAAGCCCUCGACUCCAAAUUCCCCCGCGACUCUUCCCACCCCCAAAGCCACCUCCGUCGCUUCGCCAAACACAACCAGAUUCCCGAGUCCCUCCGCCCCACCCUCCUGAAGCAAGGCUAUCUGCCCUCGCAAACCAUCUUUGUCCUUGUCCCUCCUCCACUCCCAGCUCCAGAGGCACUACAAGCCCUCCUCGCCCCUUUCGCACCCCCACCCCGCGAACCUCCCACCACCCCUCAACCCACCGAACCCUCUUCAACAACCACAUCAGCCCCCGCACCCGCCGAUACCACCCCCGCCGCCAGCAAAAUCACCCUCCAUACAAUCACCGUACCGAUGCAGCCCCCGCUCACACCCCCGCAAGCCGAGCUCUGGUCCUCGAAGAUGUGGCCAGUAGUCUUCAACCCCGCCGCGCCCCGCGCCCUGAUCGCCCCACCGCCGCAAAUCCUCUCGCGGGUCCGCGACUCCAUCAACCCGAAAGCCGGCCACUAUCUCGCUCUCGCGCAGAUCGUCGCCGCGGAGGCGGAGCAAAGCGGUCUCGGACGCGGGGUAGGCGCCGUGGUCGUGGAUCCAGAACUCGAACCGGAAGCUACCGACAUAGACCCCCAGACAGAAGCGGCAGAGGGAGGAAGUACAUGGACCGACGCGAUCGUGGCCGUUGCCGGUGAUGGGCGGUAUUCCCGGCGGGAGGGCGGGAACCCAGCGCAGGCGGAACUAGUUGGCGGUGGUGGUGGUGGUGGGCCGAAUCCGAACUGCGGGGUGUAUAAUGCGGACUGUGAGGGGGGACCGGAGCUUCAUGCGCUGAUGCGCGUGGUAGAAUUGAUCUCGAGUAAGAGGCGGGAGGAUCAGCCUGGUUCUCGGAGACAGCAGAUCCGGCCUGUGCUGUACGGGUUGGAGGAUUAUUUUCUUAAGAAGUCGGAUGUUGCUGCGAAAGUGGAGGCAGAUGAUGGAGGCGUGGGACCGCGGAUCCGCUCCCGCGCGCAGGGAGGCUAUCUCUGCAACGACCUGGAUGUCUAUUUCUCGCAUGAGCCGUGCAUUUGCUGCUGCAUGGGCCUGCUGCUCUCCCGGUUCCGUGCGGUGAUUUUUCCAAGGCGAGGACGCAUGGUCUCUGGCGGUCUGGCAUCGGAGCCGGUCGUCAAGCCGGUGCCUGUUGAGACUGAAGGUGGAGAAUCGACAGAAGCCAGUGAGGACAAAGAGGACGACUCAGAGAAGACGCGCGAGUACUAUGGUCUACAUUGGCGCAAGGAGUUGAAUUGGCGGGCUCUAGGAUUCGAGUUCGUUGCGGAGAACGACUCCACUGGUGAGUCUUGCGCUGAGAAAGGUGUGCCAUUCCAUGCAUGA